CGUACAGUAGUCAUACAUAGGCGUACACCAGUAGAUUGGCGUCCAUUUCGUUUGUAUCAUGGUAGAUCAUAAAGAACGUGACUUUUAUUCGCAAAUGGAUCUUCGAACAAAGAACGAUGACCCACCCAAUUCGCGUUUAUUUGUUAUUUGUCAUAAAUCUCUGGAAGAAGAUGAUAUAAGGAAAGCUUUCGAAAAAUUUGGCAAAAUCGAAGAUAUUUGGGUCGUUAAGGAUCGAAAUACUGGCGAGAAUAAAGGAGUUACGUAUAUUAAAUUUUCUAAGACGUCAGAAGCUGCAUUUGCGUUGGAGGAAAUGAGUGGGAAAAUGCUAGGCAUGGUUGGAAGACCUAUCAAAGUGAUGAUCGCUUCAAAUCGUGAUCAAGGAUCUGUGAGAGAAACAAAUGAAGAGGAAAGAUGGGUCAGAUUGUUCUGUGUGUUACCAAAGUCUAUGACCGAUAGUGAAUUACAACAAGAAUUCUCUAAGUUUGGUCAAAUAGAGUAUGCGACUGUAGUCAAGGAUCGUAAUACUAAUGAAUCUAAAGGUUUUGGUUAUGUUAAAUUUAAAAAAGUAUCAAGUGCAGCAAAAGCAUUUGAGGAAUGUGAUAGAAAAUUUAAAGCAGUGUUUGCAGAACCAAAGAAACCAAAACCUGAAAACAUAGAUUCUAAAUAUAAUAAUAAUGGCUCUUCUAUGUCUUACGAUAGUCUUGGCCAUGCUUCUGCAAAUUUUGGAAAAAGCAGCAUCAGUUUAGAUAUAGCUACAAAUUAUUCAAAUCCGGAAGGAUACACUCAAUUAAGAGUUAUUGCACAUCCAUGUUUAAAUCAAGAUCAGUUGUGGAAAUUAUUUGAUAUAGUUCCUGGUAUGGAUUAUUGUCAUUUAAACACAGAUGCGAGAUACAGAAUGUCAAGAGGACAAGCCGUUGUGGUAUAUUCCAAUCCAAAUGCAGCAGCAUAUGCUAGGGAAAAAUUCCACGGUUUCGAAUAUCCUCCAGGUCAUAGAAUGAUAGUUAAAGCGGAUACUAGUAAUAUGUCAUCUAAAGGUACAACAAAACCUAGCUCUAAUGCAGCUGUACCAGCAAGAACAGAUUUAGCACAUUUGGCUGAAACUAUUGCUCAAGCUACAUCGUUGAUUCAAGCAGCAGGAUUAACAGCACCAAGCUUAGAACAGACAAUGUGCAUUAAGUUACCUCCUGUGCAACCAAUGGCAAAUGUUGAUGCAGAAGUAGCUAAAAGAUGUUUCAUCGUAUGUGGUCCACCCGUACCACCUAUAUAUGCUAUGAAAGAUGCAUUUUGUAGGUUUGGUAAUUUGAUAGAUGUAUAUAUGCUUCCGGGUAAAAAUUGUGGUUAUGCCAAAUAUGCUACUGUUGCUAGUGCAGACGAAGCGAUUGAGGUUCUACAUGGGCAAGAAAUUUGUGGUUCACGUCUUAAAGUAUUGGAGGCAGAGGAACGAAGCGUUGGGGAUGAUCGUAGGAAACGAUUAAGAGUUGACGAAGACGAACGUUAAGCUUAUUUUUGUGUACUGCACUGACUGGUAUACACAAGCUGGACGCACGCAACGAAAGAGACGAAUUUUAAGACUCACUUGAUCACGUUGGGCCUGCAUCCAAGGAAACUACAACUACCUACUUUAACUAUUGAUUACGUUCGCAGCUACAUUACUAAACUUCACUAUUUCUUUACUUUAUCCUUACAUAUCGUUACACAUACAUUUCCUAUUUUUAUUUUCUUAUCUUGACAGGCCUUUGCGAAAAAAACAAACAAAAAA